GGACUCAGCGUUUCGUUACCAGGAAGAAACCAUUAUCUGAGGCAUCCUACUGAACGUGAACUGCAACGGUUGGAAAUUAAAAGAAAAUGACUGAACCGAAAAGUUUUUAUGCAUUUGCAGAUAUGCAGCUAUGCAUAUCUAACCAAUAGCUAUUGGGUCAAAAUAGGGCUAUACAUUGCCGGAUUCAUCGAAACAAGUGACAGCAAAUAACAGCAAAAUCUCUAACCAACCUGCAUAGCAAUGGCAAAUACAGUGCUAGGAGGAGUUGGUACUGGUGUUUUCCUUAUAGUCCUCAUCUGGAUCUUGGCUUUAAUAUUCGGGAUCAUCCUUUUGAGGGGCUCUGGGCCAAUCAGACUAGGAGUGGUUCCGGUGUUUCUCGUGGCUCUCAUCAUCACACUGGUACUGGUGUUUUUCCCCCGGACAUCGGAGAACAUCCCUCCAUUCCAAGAGGCGGAGAUCGUGGAUCAGCUGUUUAUCGGUCGCUACGUGCUGCUCUCCGUGGCCAGCGUGGCCUUCCUGGCAGCCCUCUUCAUGCUGCUGCCCUAUCACCUCCUGGAGCCUGUUUACGCCAAGCCCCUCCGGACCCGCUAGAGCUGGCUCCGCCCUCUCCACACUAGGGGGAGGGCCAAAGAGGAAGAGGAAGUGGACCCUGGUUGGGUCCUGCAAGAUCCUUCAAGACCCUUUCACCUGGGAGUGGACAAAGAUAGACUCGGAUGAAACAAUUUUUUUCACUGAGAGUGGAGGAUUUUAAUGAUAGUAUGUGUUUAUAUAUAUUUUGUGUUGAUUGAUAUACUGUAUUUUUUUUACAUUGAAGAGUUUUUGGAGUUUGUGGUAUUCCUGCUUCACACAAAUAUCAACUCUUUCGAGAGAUGGGAAACAGGAACUCACAAAGGCCAAACUGGGAAGCCCAUUAUAGGAUGCCAACAGAGUUAACAAUUUUCUACCUGUCAGUUUUUCCCACUUACGCUGAUGAUAGGUGUGAAUGGUGAGGAACCUACAGAGCGAUCGCUCUAUACUGACUGCGCCUAACAUUCGGUCCACUCUGGCAGCUACAGUGACAGAUGGAAAUUGUGCUGUCCAUAAGUGUCUGUGACCAAAUGGGCCCAACAGGGGGCUCCGUUUUAUCUGGGUCAAAAAUAAAGCAAACAACAGUUAUCACAA